AUGUGGGUUCAUGGUGGCUUCACUGCCGCCGAGGGGCCUAACUCCGCAGUGAGCGAAGUCUGGUCCAUCGACCUCGAGGCUCGACCUCUGGUUUGGUCGGAGCUUCCGGCUAGUGGUAGCCUCCUGGCGCGUGCCGGUCACAGUGCCGUUGUCACAAACGGAGCCCUGUGGUUCUUUGGCGGGGCCACGGCUUACUGGGAAAGGCAUGACGUGAUGUCUUGCAUUGAUCUUGAGGCUGUCCCCCCACGUCAGGGCAUCUUGUCCAUGCCUGAAGGGCCAGGUGCUCGCUGGCAACACGAAUCGGUGGUCACAUCUGGACUCUUGGUGGUUUUUGGGGGAUGGGUGAAUGAGCGCGAGAAUGAUCUGUGGACCUUCAACAUGACCUCCAGCAGUUGCACUUGGGCCACACAGGAGAGGCCGGAGAUGUGGACGAGAACCUCCCUAGUUCCUCGUCCAAGCAGUCGCAAUGCACACAGCGCCGCCCUCGGGCCGAAUGCUUCGAUGUGGAUCUUUGGCGGCUGGGACGGCAAUACCGUUGGGGAUCUUUGGUCUCUUGGCCUCGAGGAUUCGCCCAUGGAGUGGAUGCAGGCUUCUGUCAGCAGCCCGGGAUCAUUCUACAACCCAGUCACUGUUGUAACGGAGAAUCUGUUGUGGCUCUUUGGUGGGUAUGGUGACGGUCCGCAUUGCGGUGGGUGGAGCAACCAACUCUACUCGAUUGAUCUCUCAGCCUCGUCACUGGCUUGGACAGAUCACGGAGGGUACGGGUAUCCACGCAACAAGCACAGCGGCAUCGUCACAUCGACCGGAGUGAUGUGGGUGUUCGGCGGUAACUUGUGCCGCGAGUAUUAUUCCACCGACGAUGUCGGACAUUUCAUCUCUAUCGACCUACGGGCACAGGUCAUUAGCUACACCAGCCACUCUAGCUACAACGAGCCAUCUUGGCGAAAAGAGCACAGCGCUGUCGUCACAGCCGCCGGCGUGAUGUGGUUGUUCGGCGGGGACGAUGAGAGCACUAGAUUGUCCGACCUGUAUUCCAUCGACCUCAACGCUUCACCCAUGGUUUGGGCACAGUACGUAUUGGUGGGCCCUGCUCCGCGCAGUGGACAUAGUGCCGCUCUCAGAGGUGGUGAGAUGUGGAUCUUCGGUGGGCAAGCCAACGACGGCAGUUACUAUAAUGUCCCAUGGUUCAUCGAUGUCGAGGCCACGACGCUGACGUGGGUGGAGGUCUUGUCGAGUGGAUCGGAUGUCCCGAUGGGGCGCCACCGCGCGAGCACCGUCAUCGCUGCAGGUGUUCUCUGGGUGCUCGGUGGCUGGGGUUCUGGUGGAUUGAGCCAGGAUGAUCUCUGGUCCAUGCAGACCCAGAGCACCACCACCAGCACAACAAGCUCCUCCAGCUCGACGACAAGUACCCACUACGUCCCUUGCCCAGCUGGAAGCUACAAGAUGAUUUCAGAUGCUCCCUGCGAGCCAUGCCCCAUCGGAAAGUUCAACAGUGAAGCAGGGGCACUUUCACCGGAUGCAUGCCAAGACUGCCCAGUGGGUUCCAUAACAAAGGACGAAGGAGCGAAUCACCUGGAUCUCUGUGUCCGACCACUGGACACACACAGCCUGGAGUGUGUUUCUGGCCAGGUCUGCGCUGUGAGCCUCAACGGAUUCAGCUUGCAAGCUGGCCACCAACUGGCGAUGCUUUCAUCUGGCUGUACCGCUACGGCGCUUCAAGUACCAAACGUGCCCGAUUCAGGGGUAUCCAAGCCAGCAACCCAGGAGGGCCGCUUCUAUGUCUGGGGGGAAAAUUCCGGGGCAGAUUUCACCCCGGAAGGCGGCUAUUACAGCCUCUGCUGGUGUCCGAACAUGCACGAUCGGAUGUGUGCGGAGCUGCAAGAUUUUCAGUUCCCAGCCGGGCAGCUAAAGGUGUCCGGGCCCCUGAGCAAUCAUUUCUUCCAAUGUGCCCGUGGACAAGAUUGCAAGGCUCUAGGGCCGGUACAAGGGGUGGAUCUCUCCACACAGGACCAGGUCUCGAUUCGAUCUGACGGCUGCGGAUCUGCAGGCAGUGCAGGCCGUGCCAUUGCGGUUUCUCCUGCCAACAAAGACGGAAUGGCGCACCUGGAGGUAGUUGAUGAGCCCUUUGCCGGUCUUGCACUUUCCUUCGGCAUCUCCCGUCUGCAAGAAGGCAUCGACCAUCGCCUAUUCUUGGAUGCUGACGUGGUUGGAUACGAUCUCUGCUGGUGUGGCUUAGAUAGCUGUUUGUUAGAAGACUAUGUUGUUCCGCUGGGCAGCCUGCAAGUGGACGGACCACGUGCGAACCAAGAAGUGAGUUGUUCAGUUGGACAGCUGUGUUCAUUGAGGGACAUCCAGUCAGUUCGUGCUCAUGCAGGUGACAGGGUCAUGGUCCUGACUGCCUGUGGCACUGGAUACCCCGUACCAGGCUUCCCGGGCAGUGGCAUUGCCGAACUUAACACCGAUGAUUCCGACGAUGCUUUUUUUGAGCUUCUGGACGCCACCAACACCUCGCAGAUCUUGCAGUCUCCGGCGGGGAUUUUCCGGCUUUGCUUCUGCCGGCCCAAAGCCGAGCCGGAUUCGGAGGCAUGUGAGACGCCCAGCGGCUUCGCAGCGCCCGUGGGCCUCAUGGUGGUGCAGGGACCCUUCGAUCAGAGCACGGCUUGUAACGCAGGGCAGCUUUGUGCACUGUCGUUGGCAGGGAUGGCAUUGACGGAUCAAGACAAGUUGCUCCUGACACCUCAUGCCUGUGAUUCGCCUGAAGUCAGUCUAGCCGUAGGCCUGCCUGGCUACGACGCGCUCCAACAGCCAGUGAGCUUGGAAGAAGUUGGCAGGCGUUUGCAAGCCUCCCUGGGAAAGCUUCCUCUGGAGAUCCGCCCCGGUGUCUACCACGCAUGCUGGUGCGGAGCAGGCUCAGCCUGCACCUCAUUAUCCUCCUUCCGUGCCGCAGCGGGCACGCUAAGUGUGAACUGCCCUGGGGGUUAUUUCUACGCCAGCGAGCAGAGUCCAUGCCGUCUGUGUGGCCGAGGGUUCUACUGCCCCGGCGGCAGCCGAAGUGUCGCUGCCAGAGUACCAUGCCCUGACGGCGAGACCACCCUCUCCGCCAACUCGUCCUCGCGCGGCGACUGCGUGUGCGCGCGUGGCCAUCAGUUCUCGUCUGGCACAUGCGUUGUCUGCAAGAGAGGGUUCUACAAAGCUGAUGAAGGUAGUUCGGCAUGCUCGUCCUGCCCUGCAAAUUUCACAACGUACCUGGUGGGUUCCAUCUCCAACUCCUCUUGUGUCACAGUUGAAGCUUUAUCAGCUGAAGUAGCCGCCGGCAAUGACACCGUAUCAAGCAUUGCUACGGUGGCCUUCGAACUGUCUCUUCGGAUUGUUUCGGGUGAUGUGAGUGAUCUGUCAGAUAGCGAAAUGCGCAUGCAGUUGAUCUCAACACUUCGUCGGAGCAUCUCCACAUCCACUCGGAUGCCCGCCGCGGCCAUCGAUAUCACCUUGGCGGCUUCAGCUGCAAGGCGUCUGUCUCAGAUCAGCUUCGUCAGCGUCGCCCUGAAGUACCCCUCCCAGUUGCUUGCAAGUGAGUCAGCGGAGGAGCUGGAGGUGGACACGAUUCUCGAUGGUGUCGGCGUCGACUUGCAGUCCAACUUGGGCUUGGCAGGCUUAGCAUUUGAGGUGGAAGCGAUCUCACAGCUUACUGUGUCCUCGUUGAUCGUCACAUGUCCACCGAACGAAGUCAAACCACCAGGAGCUGUUGUGUUGCAGCCGAGCGAUUGCAUUUGCAGGCCAGGCUAUGGUUACGAUGCUAGUUUUCAGCGCCUGGAAGGGGCUUGUAUUCCCUGCGCUUUGGGAGAGUACAAGCUCACCGUAGGUGACAGUGCCUGUGUCAAGUGCGACCCAUUGAAAUCCACUCUCUUACCUGGGGCCUCGUCGCCGAAUCAGUGCAGGUGUCAGGCAGGGCUGUAUGACGAGGCUGGCCAGUGUAGACCUUGCGAGGUUGGCAGCUUCUGUGAUGGAUCCGGAGUCGCAAAGGUCUGCAAUGCGAACUCCACUACGACAGCCGGAGGGUCGCGCUCAAGUCAGGACUGCAUCUGCGAGCUUGGGCACCAGUACAAGGCCUCAGACGAAUCGUGCGAACCAUGUCCGAGAGCAUUCUACAAAGCCAACCUUGGGAACGCUUUCUGCUCAUCCAAGUGCCCUGCCAAUGCAGACAGCAAGCCCAGCGCGUCCUCACUAGCCGACUGUUUCUGUAUGGCUGAUCACCAUGCCAUCCUGGACGGUAGCGGCAACCUAGACCGCUGUGCCUCUUGUGGUUUUUAUGCCGGCUUGGAAUGCCCUGGCGGCUUCGAGCAGGGACUCCACGCCCAGCCCCGGGCAGAGGAGGGCUUCUUCCGCACUGGGCUAACAAAUGCAGUGAGAUGCUUGGCCCGCCAGGCAAAUGGAUCCAGCGUCUGCCGGGGCGGCGUUCGUGGCGGCUCUACAAGUGGAGCCUUUUCCAAUGAGUGCGCCGAAGGAUCAGCCGGCCACCUGUGCGGCGAAUGCCCAGAGUCCUUUGCACGUGGAAGGUACCUCGAGCCUUGUGAACCCUGCUUCGGACACAGCUCUGCCCUGCUGGGCCUUAGCAUGUUGGCAGAGUUGGCAAGGAUGACCGUGUUGAACUUUGGUAUGGCGUGGAUUUCAGCACGCGCGGCUGGAACGACUUUGGCCUUGCAUUCAAUUAUGAUUCGACUUGUCUUGCAUUGGAGACACUCCUGCUCGAUCCUUGAAGAGUUUGAGUUGCAACACUUAGUGGCUUUUCCUUGGUCACAGAGACCGGCCAAUGACCUGAGCGACUGUGCUGGUGGUCAGUGCCAACUCAACUUCCCCUUUCCCCCCGAGGUGGCAGACCUGAUGAGCGGCUUGUUUUCGCUCAUGAACAUUAUUCCUUCAGUCAAUGUGGAGUAUGCCAUGGCAUGUGAGGCUGACGCAUGGUUUCCAGGGAAUGCAGGAGCCAAAAGACUUGUGCCAGCUGUAUAUCACUUGUGCCUUCCGUUGCUUUCAGCUAUGGCCACCCUGCUUUUCUGCGCUGCUUUGGCGUACAUCGUCGUCCCUGUGGGCAGCAAGUGUGGGGUUUUCUUCAACGACGCCGCCCGCAAGCGGCAGAGGUGCAGAUCUCUUGCAGAACGUCUCGCGACGGCCAUCAAGGCUGAAGCAUCUGUCGGCCAUUCACGGCUUUCAGACUACAUGCGCUCGAUAUCUGCAGAAGCCCUGGAAGAAGAGUUCUGGGAUGUUCCCUACGAAGUCGUUGCCCGGAGCAGCACAGACUCGCAGCUGCAAGCAGCUGCGAAUGGCAACCUGAGCGACCAGGUGCUGCAGCGCCUCGUCCUUGGCAGCUUAGCAUGGAAGCUGCGUGGACACUUCGAGGAAGAGGCGAAGAUGCAAGGCCUGCCGGUGAUCGAUGUUGCCGCGGCGGUGGCAAACGGCACUACUCAGUCCAGCUCGCAGCUCCGGGCUACACUCGAAGAUGCUGAGGCGUGUAGUGCGCUGAUGCGAGGCGUGUGCCAAGAGUUGAAGCGUGAGCCAACUCCGAGCAAAGAUGCGACAGAGCUGGACUUUGCAUUUUUCACUCAACGUCCAGGGCCCUUCCAGCUGCUACAUCAAAGUAUGCCAGCGAUCUGGUUGACGCAGAUGGUGCUUUGGCCGAGUUUACUGUCCAAGCUCCUGCAACACAUCCGCUGCUCACCGAUGGUCGAAGAACGCGCCGGCGAGGUGGUCUAUGUGCAGCGCCUGCUCCCACAUCCGGAUGUGGUGUGUUGGCAAGCAGACCACCGUGCCUUGGCUGCCCUGGCUGUUGCCGGACUGGGCUUCUGGUGCAUUGGUCUUCCUUUCUGGCUCUUCCUCAAGAUCUGGAGGCUUCAAGAUCGACAGGAUCCCAACAGCUACAGGAAAUACGGCUUCUUUUUUCAAGGACUCGAGCCGCAGUACUGGUACUGGGACCUCAUCGUCAAGAGAGUGGACCUGUUGCUGAUGCUGCUUGUGGCAAACACGUCACUGGCGGACGAUGACAAUGCCAAGCUGGUACUCUUUCCGUUGAUCUCAGGUUUGCUUCUCGGUGUGACCACAUGGCUGAAGCCCUACACAAACAGCCAGUCUGAGAUCUUGGAUCUUAUGGAGUUUAUCCUGCUGACAACUCGCUUCGUCCUGUUCUCUACCCUAGCUUCGCUUCUGAUCUUCUUUCCAUCUGCAGAAGUUUGUUGGAUUUGGGCCGUCUCCCUGUUGGUGAUGCUUGUUCUGACAGUCGUGUACUCGUCGUUACACAUCAUGGCGCAGGUGGUGCGGAAUGCUGCGUCUCAGAUCUUGUCACAGGAGCACAAGGUUGAACACGUCCAAGAGGAGUUUCAGCUACGUAGCGCCUUCAGACCCAACGUCUUUGACAGAGUUGUCGGUGCUGCCCAGAAGCUCAGGGAGACCUUGUUGCUGUUCAUCCUCCCUUUCUUCCAGCCCAACGAGCGUCUACUCUACAUUUGGUCCUUGUACAUGCAGCGCCCGAAAGUGAUCACGACAGGUGGUGAGUUGUCCCUUCGUUACAGUUGUCUGGCAAAACUGCUGCGAUUAGACCUUGCAACGCAGCAGGAUGCCGUCAGGAAAUCAUACCAUGAGUUUGUGGACACUUGGGGCUCGCAUUUUGAAGGGCAGGAGGUUUUGAACUUCGACAUUCUGUGUGCUCUCGCUGCGUCAGCUCGGACGCUGCCUGCGACCAUCUCCAAUUCUAAGCUGGGCGGCUUUUGGAUGAAGGAGCUCAAGGGGCUGUCAAGCAAAGGUGCCGAGGAGUGGAGGCUGUCAGUCGAUGACCUCCAAAAUACGGUGCAUCGGUUUGGCGCACUUCCGGGCAACAGUGCCCAUGAGUUGAUGAGCUAUGCCCAGGACCUGCUCGAAACUGCGCUUCAGGUUCAGUUGGAUAAAGACUUCUGCUCGGCAGACGACCUGUCGCCAUUGCACGAGGGCUCCGAGGACCCUGGCGCGUCCAAGUCCUCAAAGCCUCCGCCUGAGGAUCCUGAGUGUGCUGAAAGCGUCUCCAUGGUCGUGAAGCUGCCCUCAGAGGAAUCCCUCGUGGAGAUGUAA